UCCAUCGUACAUGUCCUUGAUUGCUCUUAUGCAGGAAGUAGACCCAACCAAAUUACAGAUAUUUUAUAAAGUAAGUCAAGUUUGAAGAUUUUUAAGGGGGUGUUAGGAAAUUUUAAUCUUGAAACUCUAGAACUAUUAGGUGCGAAGAUUAGCUUCAAUUUUUGCUGUUCACUAUAGUCAUUGAAUGCCAUUCCCCCAUGCCCCUAGCUAUCCUAUACUAUUGUUGGAUUAUGUUGAGUCUAACCAUCUAGGCGAAAGUGAUCUAAGAACUCUUCCUUUGUAGGAUAUUUUACAUUUCACAUUAAACCAAGAGGGAUUUAAUCUUUAAUUCUUCACCUGUAUUUCUUUUCUUUCUUAUGUGACCUUUCUAUGCAGAUUCCUCAAGAUUCAGGCUUACCAAAGAGACAUCAUUUGUUAGGGAUAAUACCAGUUUUGGGACCACCCCAAUCCUUUUCUACUCUGUGUGCUUUUUUCGGCAAUUUUUUAGAUCAGUUCGGAAAGCUGACUACUUGACCAUGCGCCAUGGUUUCAUCUCGGUCCAUUUAGCACCUGGAAGUAAGUUUAAUUUUCAAAAGUACAUAAAAAGAUCCCUGGAAGAUGACUUCAAGAUUGUUGUGGGUAUCAAUUCAUUGCUAUGGUUUUCUGCAGUUGUUUAUCUUCUGAUGAAUGUUCAUGGAUGGCAAGCUAUGUUUUGGCUGUCCAUAUUGCCUCUAGUUAUAAUAUUAGCAGUUGGGACAAAGCUUCAAGCAAUUAUAGCUCAAAUGGCUCUUGAAAUUCAAGAAAGACAUGCUGUAGUCCAAGGCAUACCUCUUGUCCAAGUUUCAGACAGACAUUUUUGGUUUGGCAAACCAAAGCUUAUUCUUCAUCUUGUCCAUCUCACCCUCUUUCAGAAUGCUUUCGAGAUCACCUAUUUCCUUUGGAUAUCGUAUGAAUUCGGGCUUCAUUCAUGCUUUCACGAUAAUUUUUAUCUUGCCUUAUUGCGAGUUGCUAUAGGGUUAGGUGUUCAAAUUUUGUGCAGUUACAUUACACUUCCGCUGUAUGCACUAGUUACCCAGAUGGGAUCAACUAUGAAAAGAUCUAUAUUUGAUGAUCAAACUUCCAAGGCACUGAUGAAUUGGCAUAAAAAUGCAAAAAAGAAGAAACCUACAAAGCCUGGACCAGUAGAAACACGAAAAUUAGGAAGUCCAGGGGACUCACCUGAAAUAUCCCCGAUCACGAAAGGUGGUCAUCAAUCCAGAAUAGAAAUGUCUAACGUAGAGCCAUCGUCCUCUAGUCAGACCGCCAACAUUGUUGCUAGUGUGGACAUUCCAGAGGAAAUACCUCACAACGAUGGCAGGUCACGGUCCACAAACCCUGACCUACUUACAGGUCCUUGAUUGGGACAAUGAGCAGAGAUAACUCAUGUCACAUAGAAAGGAAAGAAAGAAGGGGAACGUAUAUUAAUGUUGAAAUGCUGUAACUUGGGCCAGAGAUUGGCCGUUACCCUGUUUUUCUGCGCAACAUUGCAGAGAAACUAGCUUUUUUGCCCCAAAUUCCAGUUUGAUGCUCAAUUUUGUAAACUUCAUUUGUACUAUUAUUAAAAGAGAAGUGACAUGUACUUGUGAAGGCUAUAAAAACCAUGUUACCCUUAAAAGUGCCUAGUUAUACACAA